GUAAGAAUUUAGAGUGAGCGCAGUGAGAGUAAAUUGCGUACUAGCAGAGGAGUUCGAAGUUUGCCCUGUCUUCCUUGCACCUCUGAUUGGAAAGUACUGUUUUGAGAAUCAUUCUGAAGAUUACCCAAAAUUGAAAAGAUGAUUAAGACCCUUUUUAGUACUAAAAAAGACUCGAGGAGAACUAGUUUCAAUAAUAAUGAAGAGCAAGAGGAGCAAGUUAGAGAAAAACUUCAGAACUGGAAUCCUCCAAAGGUCAAGGCUAAUGAUGUUUACCACAAGAGCGGAAUCUUUGAGUCCAAGUCACACUAUGAAAUAAAAAAGGUACAGAAAACACUCCCAAUCCGGAAUGAAUAUGAAGAUUUCCUAUUAAUCGAUAGAAACACAAUACAAGAGCAUGAGCAACAGUACAAUUACCUCCAUAUUGGAUUAAUCCAAGUAGCUGUGAAACCUUUGACUACAAAGGGAUUAAAUAGCUCUGUGCUGGUUUGCCUUCGCGAUGGUCGCUGUCUUGACUUCAAUGCUUCUCAAAUAGCCAUGGUCGAGUCAUCCCUGUCUAAUGGCCCAAUAUAUUUCAAUUGUUAUCCAAACUUCCCGGUAUCUUUAACAGAUCGUUGGAUCCUUGAUGUUUUUAGCCUCAACAUAAAAACUCACGGAUUCGAGAGAGAUGGGAGUUCAGAAGAUAUUGUCAUUGUUUACAAAGUUUGUUACAAACUAGUGACCACAGUUAUGAUUGACAUGAAGGCAAAAUUCAGUCACUCGAAUGGCAAAACACCAUUUAUUCAGACAAAUCUUCUCAGAAACAAUGUUGCAGUCUCAAACACUACUGAAUGGGCGUCGGUGGAAAUCCCAGAAAGAUGGAGAGUUAUAAAUGAAGCCCACCGAAGACCACAACCAAGUCCAAAUAUUUGAUGAGAUCAUAAAAAGAUGGGUACUUGGAGACUUAGCCCGGCAAUGAGCUUGGAAAGAGUUUGAUCUGGAUUAGAUGACCCUAUCCAAAUUCUAGUUCAAGCAUGUCAUUUAUGCUAUGCCCUGGAUCAUAUUUGUGCGAGUUUAUUGAGCUUUUUUCACUUAUAGCGCCCUGCGCUCUGCUUUGCUGUAUGCUGUAUAGAAGAGGACCCUUGUCUUGAGACUAGAGAGUGAAAAGCAAGAGAGGCCUGGCUUAUAGCUUCUAAGGCUUCAUCUGAAUUUGAAAUGUCAUGAGUUUCCGAUUUAUGAAGUUUUAAAAAUGUCAAAAUGU